GCAGUUUCAAAUGAUCUCUACCGUAUGAGUAUAACGUGAACAACACAACUUUGGCUGAAAAGUCCAGGAAAGUGGUCUUCAGAGUGUGUCGUGAGUGUUUUUGAAGCUUCUGGUUUCCAUCCGGACGGACCGGGCGGACCCUCCCACCCGCUGAGGAUCAGGAAACUGUUUGCCCAGCAGGUUCCCCGUCCACAGUACGAAGUCUUAAGACGAGGGACUGGAACGGCUCGGACGGAGUUCUCCUCAGCAUCUGUUUGGCACGGAUUUUCUCCUCUUUAGGUGUGAUUGAAACACUGACGGUGCAAAAUGUCCGUCGCAGGAUUACGGAAGCAAAUUAACAAAGCAACUCAGAUGAUAAAUGAAAAAGUCGGAGGUGCAGAGGGAACCAAACUUGAUGAAGAUUUCAAGGAGCUUGAAAGGAAAGCAGACAUCACCAGCAAAGCUAUGCUGGAGGUGAUCAGUAAAACGACAGAAUAUCUUCAGCCCAAUCCAGCAACAAGAGCUAAGCUUACCAUGCUCAACACGGUGUCCAAAAUCCGAGGCCAGGUGAAGAGUCCAGGGUACCCGCAGCCUGAGGGCCUUCUGGGAGAAGCCAUGUUGAAAUAUGGUCGAGAUAUGGGGGAUGACACUAACUUUGGUGGGGCUCUAUUAGAUGUUGGAGAAACGAUGAAGAGGAUGGCUGAGGUCAAGGACUCUCUGGACAUUGACGUGAAGCAGAACUUUAUUGACCCACUGCAGGCAGUUGCUGACAAGGAUAUCAAGGACAUUCAGCACCACCUCAAGAAACUGGAGGGCCGCCGUCUUGACUAUGAUUACAAAAAGAAGCGUCAAGGUAAAAUCCCAGAUGAGGAGCUCAGGCAGGCCCUGGAGAAGUUCCACGAGUCCCGGGAUCUGGCCGAGACCUCCAUGUAUAACCUGCUGGAGACUGAUGUGGAGCAGGUGAGUCAGCUGUCGGCCUUUGUGGAUUCUCUGCUUCAGUACCACCAGGAGGCCACACAAAUCCUGCAGGAGCUCAAUGGCAGGCUAAAAGAGAGGGUCAGUGAUGCUCAGUCCCGUCCAAAACGAGAGAUCCCCAAAAAAAGACAGGAGUCCUUUGAGUACGGACACGAACAGGAUGACUCAAACGGAGGAUAUUCACCCGCUGCCAUAAACCCCCCAAGUUAUUCUGCUGCCGCCCAAUAUCCGUCCUUCCAAAGACCGUCUGUCAAGAAGAAGCCAACAGACCCCUGUUGUAAAGCCAUGUACGACUUUGAGCCGGAGAAUGACGGAGAGCUGGGCUUUCGUGAGGGGGACAUCAUCACCUUGGUCUCUAAAAUCGAUGAGAACUGGUAUGAGGGAAGGCUUCAAGGAAGAUCUGGAUACUUUCCCACCAACUAUGUGGAAGUGAUGGUGCCCCUGCCAUACUAAAGGGAAUAAAGCAAUAAAGAGAACGUCACUAAAAACCAAUAGGAUGAUGGAAGUUUAUAAAUGCCAACCAAUAGAUCCUGUUUUUUUACUGCAAUGAAAGUGGGGGGAAAAAGCAAGGAAGUGACCAAACCUUUGUGUGUUUGUAGGACAAGAUUUCACAAGACUGUUUUGUAAUGCAUUUACAGUUAAGAACACAUUCAUUUUGAAGGGAUGUGCAUUAAGUGAAAGGGAUUGCAUAUUGUUAUAGGUGCAUUUUAACAUAUCCUGAGUCUUUAUCAUCUUUUGCACCCAUGCAACUUUGCACAUUACAGCUCCUCAACCAAAGCUGAAAGAAAAAUGAGAACAUAUAUGUAUAACACUAUUCAAGAGGUAAACCUUUAUUGUUUGACUUGUGGUUUAUGCAAUGUUUCCCUUUUAUACUGGAACUACAACAUGAUACUUUCACUCUCCUUUAUCCUCGUUUUUAAGCCUCACUAUGAUAGUUGUGUCUUGUUUAUUAGCAUCAAAGGGGGCUGCCUUUUAGGGAUUGAAAACUCCUCCACUGCCAUCUGCUGGUACUGUUCGAAAGACCUGUCUUAGCUCAUUAAUAGAGUCGAAAUGUCUCAUUUCAUCUGAAUUGUGCUUAAUAAAUCAUUAUGGAUGGCUUGUCCCAAUUUUUGGGGAUUUUAAAGGCAUGUUAUGAAAUUGUUGUCGCUUCUCUGUACAGUUUUUGUCCACCAGCCUUGAAAGAAGCAGCUUUGUUCCUUGGAAACACUACUUUGACGUUACAUUUAUCACACUAUGAACUCCAAAAAUGUCUUUUUAAAACGUCGCAAUAGGUUUUACUACAUGCUGAGAACAUUUAAAACGGUACUGCUUUAAUUAAUGCGUGUGAUUAUUAAAAAAAAAAUUCUAUAGUUGACGAUAUAUGCAAUGGUUUCAACCCACCCCCUCAUUGUCCAGCUAUAACAUGUUCCUGGUGUUUUUCCCAGGCUCUAUUGAUGCUGCGGGCAGUGUCACUCUGUCUUUCAGGGCUUUUUCUGAAUUGUUUGUGUUUUUACUCUUCCCCCCUUAGAGUAUGGUAUGCCGUGCUUUGAUUUGGAGCAUGGAAAUUAACACGAAGUGCGCUUGGCGUUCUUGAAGCUGUCUCCGUUUUCAGAUAGAAACUCCUCCAGACACGAUAACAGAAACGCUGCCUUACAGGGAUUGUAAUCUGAGUUUACAAACAAGAAAGGUCUGGUUUCAGUGCCAAUUAAGCCUAUUACUGGCAAACGAUGAGCUGUCAGGCUUUGUCCUUUUGCCUAAAAUGCCAACUUGCUCCUCUCCUCGUGAUCCCCAUGUUAGACCGCCCCUGCCCCACUCGUCUCUCCCCAUCUCUAUUUAAACUGCAAGUGGAACUGACAAGUCUUCAAAUGGGAAGGGCACCCAGGGGUGGAUUGUGCCCUCCCCCACUACUCCUAUUCACCACCUGCCCCCUCAUCCACCCUCUUUCUCAUUAUCUGUCCCAACCCAAACCCCCAGUGGCUCUGAGGAUCAUUAGUCUGUGUGUGGAAUCAUAUUCCACACAUGCACCUUUUAGGUUUCAGAGUAGUGGGGGGGGGGGUCAGGUGUGGGUUUAAAUCACAGAAAAAUAUUAUAAUCAGGGAGUGGGGGCUCCGAUUUGCAUCUUUCUUUUAAAUAUUAAUGUUGAUUUAUUUUUUUAGGGGGGGCAUCAAUCAAUCUGUGUGGCUGCUAAGAGUCUGCAGCUGACAUCCAUCUAUUCUUUUUCAGAUCUCCAACAUAAUUGAAGUAUUAGCAGCCUUCAAGCUUUGUUCUGUCAUGCACAUUUUUUAUAAAGAAAUAUUUGUGAAAACUUUUUAAUUGCAACUUUAUUAAAAGCCUUCUAUCAUGCAAUGUCCUAUUUUUCUGUAUUAAAGAAAUGGUGGGGUUGACCUGGAUUAUCCACAAACUGCGUGGAUUAAUACACUUGUGCCUUUUCUCUUGUGUUGUGUAUCAUUUGCCGUUUAUUAUCUUUAAUAAAUGUUAAGUAACUUGCA